ACCGCUGCUUUUUGCUUUACUUACGGAGGGCAAACCGGAGACCAUUCGUGAAGCUCAUUGUGCAGCCGAACAUCACGGAGUAAACUCUCGGAAACACCAAGCCGCGGAUUCUGCUCUACACACCUAGCGUGCUGCUUGUAGGAAACGGCUUCAAUCGCGCGAUAAUUUAACCAAAUUAACCAUCAUACAAUGAGAUAGAGCUGCCUGGAGACACGGAUAGAGAUCAGACAGAUACCCAGAGGAACAGUGAGCACACUAAGCCCUAUAUCACACAAAGUUUAGCUGCAUUCGUGUCGAUUCGAAACAAAAGGAAAAUAGAAAGAAAGAGAAAAUGUCCAAACCUAAUUACACUGGCGUUUACAACAUGAUUUCCCAGGAUAAUUUUGAAGAAUAUCUGGCGGCUUUGGAUGUUAAUUAUGCACUGAGGAAGGUAGUCUGUAUUCUGAAACCCAGCAAACACAUUGAACACGAUGUGAACACUGACAGGAUGAAGAUAAAGACCGUCACCACUUUUAAGAACUUCGACAUGGACUUCACUUUAGGACAGGAGUUCACUGAGGACCUGGGGCCAGUCGAUGGGCGAAAGUGCCAAACUACGGUGGACUGGGACGGUGAUAAAUUGAUCUGCGUGCAGCGAGGAGAGAAAGAGGGCAGAGGCUGGACACACUGGUUAGAAGGAAACAUCCUCCAUUUGGAGCUGAGGGCUCAGGGUGUCACUGCCAAACAAGUCUUUAAGAAGGUUGAGUGAGGAUGAAGAGAGAGAGAGAGAAUCAGAGGGGCCAUUGCUGGGGGGGUUUGAGCUGAGUUUAUUUCUUUGAGCCCAUGGCUCAGAAAAAGGCUGGAUUGCCACAGUUUUUUUUGUCCCUGAUUCAAAACAAAUCGUAUUUAAAUGAAAUGUUUCAGUUUUUUACCCCCGGAGUUGUGAUUGAACUAAAACAAUAGCACGACAGCAGCACCCUGUGUGAACAUCCAUCAAUGGUACUAUUGUAAAAUGUGUAUCUGAAAAAUGGCACCUGAAAAUUGUUUUCUGCAGAUAUGUUUACAUAAGUUGAAGUCAUUGAAACAGACAGUGGUUGUUCAAUCCAAAGUUGUAUUUAAUGUCUAGUAAUCUGCUACUGGAUUUGUGCAAAUGUUAUGAAAUAAUCAAGUCGUGAUUAAUUUGCAGUUGUCAAACAUUGUCUGAAAGUGUCAAAAUUUGUAAGCUCUGAAAAGAAUGACAUGUCAUUUUAUUUGUCAACUCUAAAAUACAAACGUUUAUAUUCAU